ACCUGCUCCAAAACAACAUUUUGCCUGCUACAAGGCCUGCUCCAAAAGGUCAAAUGGCACUUCCAUCGCUGGGUAAGGUUUGUUAUGCUCCAUACUAUGUGCGUUUACGUCCGUCAGUCGUCCAAGAGAUUGACGUUGCGUCGCACGUCAGGGUAGCAACUUUUCGUGCGUACAAAACGCCUGCUACUGAUUUCUCGUCGUUCUCAACUGCGGAUGUUCGGUAACUGGGACUUAGAACUUGGCAGGACCGCCUCGAAACCGUUGUUUAAAUCCUUUCCCUGCGUCAACUCACUCUUCGUUUUCGACGUGUUUCGACCCAUUCACCACUCUGACUUCACCUAUAUAUUAUAUAUGACGAAAUAGAGGUCCUUCGGUAGAACAACGGAAGCUUCAUUUUCGACGUUUCAAUCGGAGUCCGGUCUUCGUCAGGAAUGGGUAACGAAAAAAGAUUUGGUCAUACUUAUACAAAAUUACGGUGCAUGUCCACUUUUCAGGGCGUAUGGAGCGACGGUAAGAAGUCGUUACAAAGACGUCCGAGUGCGCUAGGUAAACUGGGCUUUCGGGAAAAUGAACCGACCCACAACAACUAUUCGUAAGCUGCCUUGUCAUUGGUCAAUUAGAUAUCGUCUUCAUUUUAGUUUUACUGAAAGCAAUUACUUCUUCUCUUUUUAAUGCCCGCACGUCCGGAAUUUUCCGCCGCUGUUGACCAUCUUUGGCGUCUGGCAGAAAUAUCAUUUUCGUCUCAAGUGCUAAUGCUGAAACCUAGUUGGACUAGUGUCCUGCGCCGCUGAGCUGUUUUGAUACGGUGCAAUAAGUAUUAACUAGUCAUGCUUUGCUUAUUCCAGAGGUAUCACAAGGAAGCACUAAAGAGUGUCGACAAGAGCAAGAUGAAUGUCGCCGGGGUAAAACGGAAGCAAGGAAAGAGAUGCAUUAGACAAAAUGGUUCAGGAACUGGUUGUAAAUGCCAACCUGCCGUUCUCCCUCGUGAAACAGAGGAGUUUCAGGCAUCUGAUGCAGUGCGGCUUCCCUUCCCGUCACGUGAUGUGUCGACCCAAGUUGAUGAGCGAAAUCAGUAAGGAUGCGGCUGAGACGAUGGAAGUGAUAAGAAAAAAGCUUGGCGAUCUUCAGUAUGUUUCUUCUACUGCGGACUGUUGGUCACUUCAUAAGAGGUUAGAAGGCGUAUGCACAGAGUACGAUAUCCUCGACAAACCAACCUUUACCACAACGGACAGCGGCUCUAAUUUCAUAAAAGCUUUCAGCCAUUUUGGGCGGCAGUAUGAAGACUACACAGACACAUCAUCGGCGAGUGAGAUAGAGGACGACAUCUGUACAGCUGUUCCAAUCUAUUACGUCCUCGAAGCUCGUGACCAAUCUGAUGGGGUCUACUCACUUCCUCACCACCAGCGCUGUGUGUGCCAUAUGCCGAAUCUGAUCGCAACGAAGGACGUGGAGAACGCUGAAGAAUCGUCGCCGAAGCUGAAGAAGCAAAUAAGGCAGACUUUUAGCAAGUGUUCGGCAUUAUGGAAGAAGCAAGCGAGGUCUACUGUGGUUCCUGACGCCAUCUCUUCAAGCUGUGAAGGAUAUUUGCCCACGCCUGUCCUCACGCGGUGGAACUCUACAUGCGAUUGCCUCAAAUCGCUUCACGGAAUGCUUGUUCACAUUGAGGAAAAGUUCAAGGAAGUUUGUGAGAAUUUCAAAAUUCCGCGAUUCACGAAGUCAGACAUUCACUUUAUUGAGGAGCAUGUUCAGGUGCUUACACCUCUCGCACAAGCUAUAACUCUUCUCCAGCGCGAAAACAGCAUGUUCAUGGCAUAUCUCCGGCCUACAGUGGCUUCACUUCGCAAAACAAUGUCCGCGUUGCUGACGGAGAACUUGAGGUACUGCAGCCCGGUGGUCGAGAGCUUAAUCGUGGCGAUCAAUAAGAGGUUUGCAGGUAUGGAGGAAGAAAAACAUUUGAUAAUAUCUGCCAUAUGCCAUCCAAAAUUUAAGGCUGCAUGGAUAGACAACGAAGUGGAACGGAAGCGGGCCUGGGAUUAUCUAAAGAACAAACUUAUGCGAACAUCAACUAUAGAAAAAGUGUCGUCAGGCGAACAAACUGAUGAGGAUGAAGAAGACUGUGAGCACUUCUUUACCUUCGAAACAUCGUCCUCAUCUGCUUCAUGGGAGCAGGAGUUUGUACAGUACACCGAACUUGCUGCGACAAGAAGUCUGGACUGUCUCAAGCACUUGCCGCUGCUGAAAAGCGUGUUCUUAAAAUUCAACACAGGGCUUCCAAGCAGUGCGGCAGCGGAGCGCGUUUAUAGCAUAAGAGGAACAAUUGCUAUCAAACUGCGAUCGAAAAUGUCGGAUGAACAUUUCGGAGAAGUCCUGAUUCUAAGGUCAAAUCGAGCACUCAAGUGAAAAAGACAAAGUCUUCGAAUGCUCUGGUGAGAGCGUUUUGCCUUGUUUCUCCCAUUGACACCAA